AUGAAGUCCUUAUUUGGAGCACAAGAGUGUCUUGAGGUUGUAGUGAAUGAAUACGAUGAGUUGGGAGCAAAUCCAACUAAUGAUCAGAGAAACACAUACAAAGAAAACAAGAAAAAAGACAGCAAAGCUUUGUUCUAUAUCCAACAGAAUUGUGAUGCACAACAUUUUGAAAAGAUUUCAAAAUCAACUAAGUCCAAAAAAGCUUGGGAUAUACUUGAAGGUUACCAUGAUGGUGGAACCAAGGUCAAGAAGGUGAAAUUGCAGGCCUUUAGGAGGCAAUACGAGUCUAUGGUGAUGGAAGAAGAUCAAAAAGUAAUAAUAGCUAUAGAGUAUGUGAAAGAUACAGCUACUAUGAAAAUUGAGGAAUUACAAAGUGCUUUAGAAGCACAUGAGAUUAAAGUACUCAGUAGAGGUUCAGAAAAGAAAGAUCAACAAGCCUUGCAAGCUCAGACCAACAAGAAAGAAGAUAAUGGAGGAGAUUUUGUCAAAAGUAAAAACAAGAAGAAGAACUUUGACAAAAGCAAGGUGAAAUGCUACAAUUGUGAGAAGCCUGGCCAUUUUGCAGAUGAAUGUUGGUACAAGAAAGAUCAACAAGAGGCCAAUGUAGCAGAAGAAAGUGAUGUUAAGUCAGUCUUGAUGAUGGCUACCAUAGGAGAUGAAUGUGAGAAAAAUGAAGAGUGGUUUCUUGAUUAA